GGGCAGACCGUGAGCGAGAGCGCCCCAGAGAAGCGCCUGCAAUCUCUGCGCCUCCUCCGCCAGCACCUCGAGAGAAGGACACCCGCCGCCUCGGCCCUCGCCUCACCACACUCCGGGCGCAUUUGAUCCCGCUGCUGCCGGCUUGUUGGCUUCCGUGUCGCCGCGCUCGCCCCGGUUCCUCCUGCGCGCCACAAUGAGCUCCAGCACCUUCAGGACGCUCGCUGUCGCCGUCACCCUUCUCCACUUGACCAGACUGGCGCUCUCCACCUGCCCCGCCGCCUGCCACUGCCCUCUGGAGGCUCCCAAGUGCGCCCCGGGAGUCGGGUUGGUCCGGGACGGCUGCGGCUGCUGUAAGGUCUGCGCUAAACAACUCAACGAGGACUGCAGCAAAACUCAGCCCUGCGACCACACCAAGGGGUUGGAAUGCAAUUUCGGCGCCAGCUCCACCGCUCUGAAAGGGAUCUGCAGAGCUCAGUCAGAAGGCAGACCCUGUGAAUAUAACUCCAGAAUCUACCAAAACGGGGAAAGCUUCCAGCCCAACUGUAAACAUCAGUGCACAUGUAUUGAUGGCGCCGUGGGCUGCAUUCCUCUGUGUCCCCAAGAACUGUCUCUCCCCAAUCUGGGCUGUCCCAACCCCCGACUGGUGAAAGUCAGCGGGCAGUGCUGUGAAGAGUGGGUUUGUGAUGAAGACAGCAUUAAGGACUCCCUGGAAGACCAGGAUGACCUCCUCGGACUCGAUGCCUCGGAGGUGGAGUUAACGAGAAACAAUGAGUUAAUCGCAAUUGGAAAAGGCAGUUCACUGAAGAGGCUUCCUGUCUUUGGCACCGAACCGCGAGUUCUUUUCAACCCUCUGCACGCCCAUGGCCAGAAAUGCAUCGUUCAGACUACGUCCUGGUCCCAGUGCUCCAAGAGCUGCGGAACUGGCAUCUCCACACGAGUUACCAAUGACAACCCAGAGUGCCGCCUGGUGAAAGAGACCCGGAUCUGUGAAGUGAGUCCUUGUGGACAACCAGUGUAUAGCAGCCUAAAAAAGGGCAAGAAAUGCAGCAAGACCAAGAAAUCCCCAGAACCAGUCAGAUUUACUUAUGCAGGAUGCUCCAGUGUGAAGAAAUACCGGCCCAAAUACUGCGGCUCCUGUGUAGAUGGCCGGUGCUGCACACCUCUGCAGACCAGAACUGUGAAGAUGCGGUUCCGAUGCGAAGAUGGAGAGAUGUUUUCCAAGAAUGUCAUGAUGAUCCAAUCCUGCAAAUGUAACUACAACUGCCCGCAUCCCAACGAGGCAUCGUUCCGACUGUACAGCCUAUUCAAUGACAUCCACAAGUUCAGGGACUAAGUGCCUCCAGGGUUCCUAGUGUGGGCUGGACAGAGGAGAAGCGCAAGCAUCAUGGAGACGUGGGUGGGAGGAGGAUGAAUGGUGCCUUGCUCAUUCUUGAGUAGCAUUAAGGUAUUUCAAAACUGCCAAGGGGCUGAUGUGGACGGACAGCAGUGCAGCCGCAGUUGGAGAAUGCCAAGGGGCUGAUGUGGACAGACAGCAGCGCAGCCGCAGUUGGAGAAUACUUCGCUUCAUAGUACUGGAGCGGGCAUUAUUGCUCCAUAUUGGAGCGUGUUUACGAAUGACGUUCUGUUUUCUGUUUGUAAAUUAUUUGCUAAGUGUAUUUUUUGCUCCAGAUCUCCCCCCACCCCCUUCUUGGUUCUACAAUUGUAAUAGAGAUACAAUAAGAUUAGUUGGGCCAAGUGAAAGCCCUGCUUGUCCUUUGACAGAAGUAAAUGAAAGCGCCUCUCAUUCCUUUCCCGAGCGGAGGGGGGACACUCUGUGAAUGUCCUUGGGGCAGCUACCUGCACUCUAAAACUGCAAACAGAAACCAGGUGUUCUAAGAUUGAAUGUUUUUUUAUUUAUCAAAGUGUAGCUUUUGGGGAGGGAGGGGAAAUGUAAUACUGGAAUAAUUUGUAAAUGAUUUUAAUUUUAUAUCAGUGAAGAGAAUUUAUUUAUAAAAUUAAUCAUUUAAUAAAGAAAUAUUUACCUAA